AUGCAACAUAAUUCAAGUGAUAGCAAUACUCGUCAAGACUCAUUGACAAAUCAAUUAUCAUAUGAAACAGAGUUGACCAAUCAACCAAUAUCACUCGUACAAUAUUCUCAACAAUCAAUCAAUAGUACAGAUUGUAAAAUAUCAGUUGAACAUCAGCAUGAUCAAAUUCUACCGCAUCAACUUGAAAAUGCUAUUACUGUACCCACACGUCGUUUAAAUGAGUCAAAGCAAAUUUUAAUAACCAUCACUUCUAAACUUCAACGCUUUUUCAUUAUUUCUGGUAUCAUUUAUUUACUAUGGGGAAUGUCAUUGAUCAGUGUAGAAACAGCUAUAAUUAUGUAUAAUAUAUCAGCAUUUUAUCGAGGUUUAUUUAUAGGUAUCUUAGUAUUAACUACAGGAAUUAAUCUAUUAGUUGUUGCAAAUACAAUAUUUUAUUCUAUAAAUUAUCUAAUGCGAUUAUUAUAUGUAACUCUUGCCUUCGCCCUUUUUGGAAUCGGUACGUGUGUUAUCGAUUUGGUAUCAUCAGAUCCAUGUAAUGAUCAUAAAGAUGAUCGCACAUCUUUGUGCGACACAAAAACUGCAACUAAAUUGAAAUUAAUACUUUUGGUUCAGUCUAUGAUUGUUACAAUUUAUACUGGAAUCAUUAUAAAAUUUGCUAAACGUAUACGAAAAAAAGCAAAAUUAAUAUCAUCAAAUUCAAGUACUUCACAUGAUCAUUACUGA